GGCAGCAGCGGGGGAGCUACUUCCGGUUCCGGCCCCUUUGAGAAUCCCGCCUCUGGUCAAGAAAGAAGAGAAAGGUGUGGAACCCCAAGGCUUCUCAGGAGAAGGAGGGCGCGCAUGCGCAGAGGGAAAGGGAGCGCGAGAGGCGGCCGGUGGUCGCGCGCGGGAGCCGUUUGUUUUUUGCUCCGCGCGGCCUUCUCUUCCGUGCUCAGUAGCUGUGCUUUAAUCACAAUCUUGAACAAUGUUGAACUAGUAGAAACUGACAGAAUGAUCAACAUCUGCUGGCUUACACUUACAUGAGCAGGCACUUGAAGCUUUCAUUCCCUGAGCUAGUUAUGUGAGCAGCAUCAUAAUGGAUGAAGCUGCUGAUAGUAUGAAGAUGGAUGCUGGAGACUCUGUGUUAACUAAUCACACAUCUGUAUUCAAGACUCUUCCUCUACAGCAGAAUAUUUCCUCAGGAGAUCAGCUUCCAGUGUCUGGCAACAAGUUUUUAUCAAACAAGGUUGACAGUUCAGAGACAACUUUAACUUGUCCUGGAAAUGCCUCCUAUAGCUUCAAGUAUUUGUCAGAACCUCUGACCUCUGAGACCUUUCAAACCACAGGAGCGCUAAGAACAUUUGGAACAAGUGCCAAUGGACAGUGGAGAAGUUGUGGUUCUACGCUCGGUUCUGUUUUACAAAAGCCUAGACCAAAUCGCAGUGUAUACUUUGAGACACGCAAAACUCCAAGUGGCACAUCUAAUUCAUUUGCAGGGAAAUCAAACCACCAUUGCCAUGUUUCUGCCUAUGAAAAGUCCUAUCCAAUUAAGUCUGUUACCAGUACAUCAUGGAGUGCUACAUGCCGUCGGAGCUUGUUAAGUCCCAAGAAAUCACAGAGGAGAUUCAUCAAUACUGCAGAAGAGACUGUUCGAGAGGAAGAGAAAGAGAUCUACCGGCAGCUGAUUCAAAUGGUUACAGGGAAAAAACUCUCAGCCUCCAAGACCUCUUCACCUUUGUCCGUCCACUUGCCCAGAUGCACAAGUUCCAGUAAAAACUUUGUACAAGAGGCUGAAAAUAAGAGUAGAAGCCCUUUUGAUGUUUGUGACACUCCUGCAAGCAACCAGUCAUCUACCAUUCUCAGGGCUCAGGAGCAGCAUUCUCACCAACCACUGCAACAUUUUAUUCAUAAUUUCCCCUCACAUGUUAACUUUGAGCCCAAGGAUGCUAGUACACCAACCCAGCGAAAUAGUCAACCAGCAUUGGAUGAACACGCUGAAGGUUCUGACUCUGUCAUAAUGCUCAAUGGUAAAGACACACAAUCUCCAGCUCCAAGUACACCUUUCUUUGAGGCUGAACUGUGGAUCAAAGAAUUAACCAGCGUAUAUGAUUCUCGAGCCCGUGAGAGAUGGCGACAUAUAGAGGAGCAGAAAGCUUUGGCAUUGCAGCUGCAGAAGCAGAGAUUGCAGAAGCAGGAACUUUACAUUGCUGAUUCAGUAGACUUACAUCUGCGUGUACCUCUUGAGAAGGAGAUUCCAGUCACAGUUGUUCUGGAGGACAAUAGGACCACAAAUGUUGAAGAAGAUUUUCCUGAAAUAACAGAGGAGAUGGACAGGGAAAUAAAGAGCGUCUUACGAAGUGGCAACCAAGAUGAAGUACUGAGUGAAGCCUUCCGGUUAACUAUAACUAGAAAAGAUAUCCAGACCCUUAACAAUCUCAAUUGGCUCAACGAUGAGAUAAUUAACUUCUACAUGAAUAUGCUGGUGGAAAGAAGUAAACAGAAGGGAUUUCCAACUGUUCAUGCAUUUAAUACCUUUUUCUACACCAAGUUAAAAACAGCUGGGUACACAGCUGUGAAACGUUGGACUAAGAAAGUUGAUAUAUUUUCUGUGGAUAUUCUGUUGGUGCCUAUUCAUCUUGGUGUCCACUGGUGCCUAGCAGUUAUUGACUUCAGAAAAAAGACCAUCACCUACUUCGAUUCAAUGGGUGGAAGCAACAGCGAAGCUUGCCGCAUACUGUUGCAGUACCUAAAACAGGAAAGCUUGGAUAAAAAACGGAAGGAAUUUGAUACAAAUGGCUGGAUGCUGCUGAGUAAAAGGAGCCAGGAGAUCCCUCAGCAAAUGAAUGGCAGUGACUGUGGGAUGUUUGCCUGUAAAUAUGCUGACUGCAUUUCCAAAGACAAACCUAUUAACUUUACUCAGCAACACAUGCCUUAUUUCCGAAAGCGGAUGGUCUGGGAGAUCCUUCAUCGGAAGCUGCUGUGAUUUCAUCUCAAGUGUCAGACCCUUCAGAGACUGCGAACCAGGCCUUGGCCAUUGUCUGCCAUCUCCGUUGUGGACUGCACAAGUGUCCCACUGAUGCUUACAAGACCUUAUAUGUCACAUUAUGUGGCUUUUUAAAACAAUAAAUCUAUUUCACGGA